CAGGGAAAACUCGCUCCGCAUCUGAAGAAGAGGAGGGAGAGAGUGCCGAAACACCUUCUCCUCUCCUCUCCGUCGCCUCCUCUGUAAGUUGAGGGACUUCUCACAGCCCGGUGUCGACCAUGCUGGACCCGUCCUCCAGUGAGGAAUCCGGGGGGGAACUUCCACCUGAGGACGAGCUGCCAGUCCAGCCGGAAAAGCCCUCGAAAAAGAGCCCCAAGUCUGAGAAAAGCCCAGGAGCUCCGCGCACACCAGCCAAGAAACCCCCUCCUCCUUCUUCUCCUCCGCAGGAAAACGAAAAUGAGCAGGAGAGACUCCAGAAAGAGGAGUCGGAGAGGAAAACCAAACUCCAGAUUUAUGUGUUCGUGCUACGGUGCAUAGCCUACCCUUUCAAUGCCAAGCAGCCUACGGACAUGGCACGGCGACAGCAGAAGCUCAACAAGCAACAAUUGCAGGCGGUAAAGGAGCGCUUUCAGGCAUUCCUGAGAGGAGAUACGCAGAUUGUAGCCGAUGAGGCUUUCUGCAAUGCUGUGCGAAGUUACUAUGAGGGCUUCCUGAAGAGUGAGCGUGUGGCCCGCAUGGUGCAGAGUGGAGGCUGCUCAGCCAGUGAUUUUCGUGAGGUCUUCAAGAAGAACAUUGAGCGUCGUGUGCGCAGCCUACCUGAGAUUGAUGGCCUGAGCAAAGAGACUGUACUGAGCUCCUGGAUCACCAAAUACGAUGCCAUCUUCAAGGGAGAGGAAGACCAGCGGCGGCCGCAGGGUCGUAUGCCCUUCAGUGCAGUUUCUGAGCUCAUCCUCAGUAAAGAGCAGCUCUACGAGAUGUUCCAGCAGAUCCUAGGCAUCAAGAAGUUUGAGCACCAGCUGCUCUACAAUGCCUGUCAGCUGGACAAUGUGGAUGAGCAGGCAGCACAGAUCCGCAGAGAAUUGGAUGGGAGGUUGCAGCUCACUGAGAGAAUUGCCAGAGAGAGGAAGUACCCUAAGUUUGUGUCAAAGGACAUGGAGAUGAUGUAUGUUGAGGAGCUGAGGUCAUCUAUUAACCUGCUAAUGGCUAACCUGGAGAGCCUGCCUGUAGCCAAAGACUUGAAGCCCAAAAUCAAGCCAAAACUCACACCUAUGAACAGCUUUCUGGACAUAGGAGACGAGAAUGACCUGCCCCUCUCCAAAUCAGAUGUAGUGCUGUCUUUCACUCUAGAGAUUGUGAUCAUGGAGGUACAGGGGCUGAAGUCAGUGGCUCCAAACAGAAUUGUGUAUUGUACCAUGGAAGUUGAAGGAGGAGAGAAGCUUCAGACAGACCAGGCAGAGGCAUCCAAACCACAGUGGGGCACACAGGGGGACUUCACCACCACCCACCCUCUGCCUGUGGUCAAAGUGAAACUCUUCACUGAAAGCACUGGUGUUCUGGCCCUGGAGGACAAAGAGCUGGGCAGGGUGGUAUUGAACCCUACAACAAACGGGCCCAAGACUGCCGAGUUGCACAAGAUGGUGAUCCCCAAAAAUAGCCAGGACACAGAUCUGAAGAUCAAACUGGCCGUGCGCAUGGACAAGCCCCCCAACAUGAAGCACAGCGGGUACCUCUAUGCAUUAGGACAGAGGGUUUGGAAGCGAUGGAAGAGGCGGUAUUUUGUCCUUGUUCAGGUCAGUCAGUACACGUUCGCCAUGUGCAGUUACAGAGAGAAGAAGUCAGAGCCGCAGGAGCUCAUGCAGCUGGACGGCUACACGGUGGACUACUCUGAGCCGCAGCCAGGUCUUCAGGGAGGUAAAGCUUUCUUCAGUGCAGUCAAAGAAGGGGAUCUGGUGGUAUUUGCCACGAACGAUGAGCCAGACCGAAUGCUGUGGGUACAGGCUAUGUACCGCGCCACAGGCCAAUCCUAUAAGCCAGUACCACCUGCCCAGAACCAACAGCAGAACUGCAGAGGAGGGAACAUCCAGAAAGACACCCCCACUUCAUUACUCAGUUUGGAGAGGGCAGGAGUGGAGGAGCUCAUCUCUGCAGUUCCCUGCAGCUUCGAUCAUGCCAGCCUCUUCCAAACAUUGCAGAAACACACACUCGUCCACCGCAUGAACGACUCUUUCUCCUGCCUGGGAUGGUUCAGUCCAGGUCAGGUGUUUGUUUUGGAUGAGUACUGUGCUCGGUAUGGUGUGAGAGGCUGCCAUCGUCACCUCUGCUACCUGAAGGAACUGAUGGAAUUCUCUGAGAACAGUGCCCUGGUGGACCCCACCCUGCUCCAUUACAGCUACGCCUUCUGCGCUUCUCACGUCCAUGGUAACAGGCCAGAUGGAGUGGGCACCGUGACAGAGGAAGAAAAGGAGGAGUUUGAAAAAGUAAGGAGCAGGCUGCUAAUUCUGCUAGAGAAUCAAAUCACCCAUUUCAGAUACUGUUUCCCCUUUGGGCGACCAGAGGGGGCUCUGAAAGCCACACUUUCUCUUCUAGAACGGGUUCUUAUGAAAGACAUCACCACAGCAGUCCCUGUUGAGGAAAUGAAGAAGAUUGUUCAGAAGUGCCUGGAAAAAGCUGCACUCAUCAACUACUCCCAGCUAACUGAUUAUGCCCAGUUUGAAGCUGACAGCUCCCAGGCCCCUCCAGAGAAGAGGUUAGAGGACAUGAUGCGCCUGGGGGAGUUGUGCAUGGAGGUGCUUCAGCAGAAUGAUGAACAUCACUCUGAGGCCUUUUCCUGGUGGCCAGAUGUGAUGGCAGAGCAUGCUGAAAUUUUCCUAUCCCUCUACACAGUAGAUAUGGAUGCUGCUCUGGCCGUGCAGCCGCAGGACUCCUGGGACAGCUUCCCUCUCUUUCAGCUGCUCAACAAUUUCCUGCGCACUGACCCUCAGCUGUGCAACGGAACGUUCCACAGGCACCUGCAGGAGCUCUACAUGCCCCUUGUGGUGCGCUACAUUGACCUGAUGGAGUCGUCCAUCGCUCAGUCUGUCCAUCGUGGCUUUGAGCAAGAGACAUGGCAGUCGGUCAAGACUAUAACCAACAAUCUGCCAAGCGUGCCUUUGCCUAAAGUUCCCAACCUGCCCCUCAAUCUUCCUCAGAUGCCCAGCUUCUCCACCCCCUCCUGGAUGGGACCACUAUGUGAUAACACCUUGCAAGGAAUUAAUUUGCCAGAUAUUUUUAAUGGCUCAGCAACAUCAGAGGACUUGUUCUGGAAGCUGGAUGCCCUCCAGAUAUUUGUGAUGGACCUGCACUGGCCAGAGCAAGAGUUUGCCAAACAUCUGGAGCAGAGGCUCAAGCUUAUGGCCAGUGACAUGAUGGAGGCCUGCGUCAAAAGGACCAAAGCAGCUUUUGACUCUAAGAUGCAAAAGUCAAGUAAGUCCACUGACUUCAGGGUGCCCCUGUCCGUCUGCACCAUGUUCAACGUUCUUAUGGAUGCAAAGAAGCAGUGCUCAAAACUCUGUGUCCUUGACCAAGGCCAAGAGAUUGACAAACAGUGGCAACAGUACCAUUCUAAAAUUGAUGUACUGAUCGAUGAGGCCUUUAAAGAAAUGAUCUCCUGCCUGGUUUCAAAGUUUGCUGCUGUUUUGGAUGGUGUGCUGUCUAAGCUGUCGCGAUAUGAUGAAGGAACAUUCUUUUCUUCAAUCCUUUCUUUCACUGUAAAAGCAGCAGCCAAGUAUGUGGACGUCCCAAAACCUGGUAUGGAUCUGGCAGACACCUACAUUACAUUUGUGAGGCAGAAUCAGGAUAUUCUCAGAGAUCGUUUGAACGAUGAGAUGUACACAGAGAAAAUCUUUGAACAAUGGUACAACACCUCCAUGAAGGCAGUGUGUGUGUGGCUGACUGACAGACUGGACCUGCAGCUCCAUAUGUAUCAGCUCAAAACCCUCAUCAAGAUAGUCAAGAAAUCGUAUCGUGACUUCAGGCUGCAGGGUGUGUUAGACAGCACAUUAAACAGCAAAAACUACGACACCAUCUAUAAUCGGCUCACAAUAGAGGAGGCCACAGCGGCUGUGUCAGCUGGAGACGGCCUGCAGGGCAUCAGCAUGAGGGACAGUGAUGAAGAGGAUGGCUAAUGGCAGAAGGUCAACCGAAUUAACUGUAUUAAAUGUUUAAAUAAAACACUUUAUCAGGACGAGGCUGUUUCCUCCCCAAGCUACAGUGCCCUGUGUCCAGGCUUAGCUCUACCGCUAUCACUACAGUAUGCUUGUACAGUAUAGUUCAAUGACCACCUGCCGACAGCUCAAACGUCUGGAUCUUUGUUGUACUUCAUUUUAUGUCCAGUGAUAUGGUGAAUUAAUGUCCAACAAAGCUGGUUCUAACUGUGAAGGCAUGAGGUGCAGAUGAUGGGGAGCUACAUGUAGGCAUGAAGAACAUGAAGAACAUGAAGAACAACACAAAAACAAACAAAACCGGUCAUGAUCAAAUGUAAUAAUGUUCUUACCUGCUUUUUGCACUGUGGCUUUAUCUUUGUUGGUCUAGGCAGGCCAGAAGUCUGAAACAAGGAUAAUAUGCUAGUUGUGCACUGUUUGUUUGAAAAUAUAAGUGGUGACAUUAUUCCACUUGAUAUUUAACUAUGAACUUCAGUUCUUCUGUAGAAGUAACGAUGGGUUGUGUGCAUCGUGUAUAUUACUGUACGGUGUUGAUGUCUAACUAGGUUUUACUUAAGAGAAACCAUGUCAAAGAAUUUUAACAAGAGAUGUAGGCUAUAUUUCUAUUGUCUUUUGUGCACCUGAGUUUGCACAGGUGUUUCAAGUGUUAGAAAUAAAAGUGUUUUUAAUGUU